AACAGGUGUUUGCAACCACCAAAAACAACGUUUAACCACCUAUUCCAAUCGAGAUCUCCAACGAAGAUGGUAAACAGCUAUAUCCAAACGAGAUGUUGAUUGGGGAUCAUAAGAGCGGCUCGUUUGCAAACCAUGUUAAUUAUUGAAACCAAUCAGAACUACCGGAUGCCGAUAAAAGAAAAGUGGCCGUCAAGAAGAUGAACAGGUCAGCAAUGGAUGAUAAAGAAGCAGAAGAUUUUGAGGCAGAGAUAGCAGUACUCUUAAAGGCCAAGCACAAAAACUUGGUGGCUCUAUUGGGUUACUGUGUGAACAAAAAAGAGAGGUUUCUCAUUUACGAGUAUAUGCCACAGGGACAUCUUGGACAACAUUUGUUUGAGUGGCGUGAACUCGGAUACUCUCCUCUGACAUGGAAACAGAGAGUGAAUAUCGCUCUAGACGUGGCACAUGGUUUGAAUUAUUUCCAUAGCUUGGCUCAGCAAUGCUUUAUCCACAGGGAUUUAAAGCCCGAUAACAUCCUCAUAGGAGAUGACAUGAGAGCCAAAAUUGCUGAUUUUGGAUUCGUUAAGAAUGUUGCCGAUGGGAAAUACUCUGUUCAAACAAGAGUAGCAGGGACGUUUGGUUAUCUAGCACCUGAAUACACCCUUGAUGGGAGAAUAAGGCCAAAAGUGGAUGUGUAUUCGUUUGGAGUAAUUCUUAUGGAAUUGCUAACAGGAACAAAAGUAUUAGAUUAUACAUUACCAGUAGAGAGGACUCAGUUAGUCAUAUGGUUUAGAAAAAUCAUACCCAACAGAGAAAAGAUCAGAGAGGCACGCGACAAAACCUUAGAGGUAGACGAUGAAACAAUGGAGAGCAUUUACAUAGUUGCUGAGCUUGCAGGACACUGCACGGCCCGCGAACCUCAACAUAGACCAGACAUGGGGCACGUCGUAAACGUGCUAAGCUCACUUGCAGAUAAAUGGACACCGACCCCGUUGUCCCAAGAAGAAGAAAAGAGUUUCCAGUUCGAUGGGAUCAGGAGUGUAUCUCAACUUGUAAAGAGAUUGGAAGACAAUGAAUCAUACUCAGUUCCACUCUCAGACGAACAGGAACCGGGGAAGGAUCACGCGGUUAACGUGCCGGAUCCACUUGUAGAAAAGUGUAAACUGUCAUGCGAAGAAGAAGAAGAAGAAGAAGAAGAAGAAGAAGAAGAAGACCCGCAUGAAGAUUUAUGGAAUCAACUAGUCGCAGAAGACUCAGAAGAAUACCCAGACUCACUCUCAGGCGCAGACGCACUUCCCAACGCAGACUCACUCCCAGGGGCAAACACACUUUCCGAAGACGCAGACACAUACACAAAAGCAUACACAAACUUAUUUGAAGGUAUACGGCAACACGUAGUCUCAGAAGGAUACCUAGAGGUCCUCGAGAUGGAUGCAUACACACUUGAAGCUCUAUGGAUACAAGCUGUCUUACAAGAGUUCUCAGACACAGACAUAUUUUCCGACGCAGGCACAAACACAUCCUCAGACAAACAUCGACGAAACCUCGACCUUGUUGUUAAAAUGACGGGCCCACUUUUAGAGAAGAAUAAAUCGUUGCGCCAAGAAAAAGAAAAGGGUUUCAAGAUGGAUGUGAACAUGCAUGUACCUCAAGCUCUUCAGAGACCAUCGUGCAAAGAGGAUGAAGAGAGUUUUGGGAUCGAUAAGAACAUCGUUUUGAAUCAGGUAUGGAGAUGGAGACGGGGACAGAGUUGUCUACUACCAGGAACAGACGCACUCUCAGACAGGGAAUCACUUCAAGAUACACUCUUAGACGCGGUUAACGUGCUGGGAAAACUAGCAGAAAAGUGUGACCCGUCGUGGGAAGAAAAAGACGAGAAUCUCAGCAUCGAUGUGAACAUGGGUGCACCUGAAGCUCAACGAGGACUUCUUGUCUCAGACACGGAUACACUCUCAGACAAAUACAGAGACACAUUCUCGGACUCACUCUCAGACACACCCUGAGAGACCAAUCAUGGGUCACGAAGACGAAGUUGACGUGUUAUGCCCUGAGAAUCAGAAGACAGUUUUAGAAGACACACUCUCAAAAACAUGUAAGGAACACCACUGGCAAUGCUGAAUGUUUUCAUCGAGACAAGAUCCUCAAUCAUUUCAUUUUAUUUUGA